AUGCCUCACGGCCGUUUUCACGCGCUGGCCUCUCGGCCGCUCCAGACGACCGUCGCUAAGCGCAAGACCGCCAGAGCGACCCGUGAAAGCGGCCACAUGCAUACCAUACGCCUGCCCGCAGCGAACUACGGCCGGGCAUCACGAAAUCCGGUGGAAGACGAAGGGGACGAGGCAGGGCGCAAAUUGCAACCCACAAUGAUUAUUGUCGGGUAUGCCCCUGCAGGAUGGGGAUACAGAAGUGAUGCAUCUGCAAGGCAAACCGGCCAGAUGAAAGACGCCCACAACCGGUCGAGCGUCAAGCCACAUCCUAUGGCUGGCGAGAUAGAAACAGGGCAAACUGAAGUUGGGUUGGACAGGCCGGCACUAGCCUUUGUCAAAGCCACUGUAAAACGAAAGCCCAGUCCGCCUGUAAAACUGCCCUGGCGUUUCGCGCCAGCCCACUCCGAACGUCCUCAGUGGACAUUGGUCAGGCGGCAGGGCAGCUUUCGCAUUCAAACGGCACGAACAGCACCUUUGCUAGGCACCCGUUUUUAUGUGGGUGGUGUGAACGGGGCUUGUGACGAACGUUUUCGUUUCUAG